GGUUCAUUCGUGAUUGUAUAUUAGAUAAUGUGACAGAAUUGAUUGACAAUUAUUCCAGACAAGUGCUCUUCAUAUAUUAAAAUGAAUGAGCAUUUAUUGGAUAUGUUUCAAAUUGUUUUGUUAAGGUUCAAUUUUUACAUUAGUUACGAAUAAUGUUGUACAUUUAGAAGUUGUGAUGUUCUUAUCAUUUUCAUCUUGACUGAUCGGAAAUGGUACCUUCAUGCUGUAAUCUUUUUUGAUAUAGGGGGGUGGCUAAUGUAGUGUAGCCUCGUUCCUCAAAACUAGACAAAGUUAAAUAUAAAAUGUGAGGCAGAAGUUGUAUAGAUAUGUUUCUUUAAUAUUUGGUUCUUAUAUGCAAGAGUGCAUUGUGUGCUAAGUUUACUAUAUGCAUUAUAAUUUCAACUUCAAUUUAUGCCCAACAUUAACCGCAUGGCAUUUGCUUUCCUGUCAUUUUCUGGCAACUAUAUGGAUUUUGGUGUAAACUAAAAAUUAUAUUUGACAUGCUGCCUCAAUAUUGCCUUUGCUCAUUAACAAGAUAUUUAAAUCUCUUCUACAGCUUUUCUUUGCAUGAAUCGACAGUAAAUGUAAUUUUAUAAUGUCUUCCGACUUCAUGAAAUCUCUUGGUCCUUGGACUUGAGUAACUAACAAAGAAAACUUCUUUCGUACUCUUAUUUUCUGCUGCUUAUUCCUGAAAUUGGGGGAAAGACUUUCAAUACAACAAGCUGUCAAAAGUUUGCUUUUCAAAAAGAUUCAGGUCAAACAGGACUUAUGCGUAGUUUGGAUUUAAUGUGAUAUCUGUAAGAUGUCAAUGUUUAAUCGAGAUGAAGCUUUUAUCUGCGCUCUCAAAAAGAACCCAAACCAAAGAACAAACAAGGAUCUUGAGAUCAUCUUUUCUCGACUACACCGAUUUGAAGCUCUUUCAAAUUUGAGAGAACAAGGUCUCAAAAAACUUUGUGCUGAAGUGAGGUAUGAAUGGCAUGAUUCAAACGAGAUACUAUAUGGGAAAGAUGAUCCUUGUACCUGCUGGUUUAUUUUGUUGUCUGGAUCCAUAUUUAUUCAGGGCUCUAUGUUUCUACGAAACACAAG